CACAGCUUCCUCUCUUGCGCCUUUCAACACGCUUAUUAGUAUCCGUGCCUUACUACUGCAAAGCCCGAUGCCUCAGUGAAUUUGGAGCAAAACAAAACCGCCCGCCCGGCCACACAAUUUUAAUAUUCCUACACGAUCUCCCGGAACCCAAGACACAACGUCCUCUUCGUCCCUUUCUCUCCUCACACUUCGUUCGGACUCGCGCUUAAAAGCUCCACCAUCCGCGCCAAUCGAGCCCACUUGCGCAGAAGGCACAUGUAGAUAUCUGCGCGAGGGAGAGACAAGACAUUCUGCAUAGGUAGCAAGCUUGCUUUCUCAGCAGAUCUACACCCACACAUUCUAUAGCUUUUACCUCAACAUUCAGGCGCUCGAAGAGUACUACGAAGCACCUAUAGCCCGUACAAGAACACCGGAUACACAUAUUAAUACACGGCCGCACGAUACCUUUCGUCACCACACCACCCUCUUUGCCAACCUCACAAUAUGCGGCCGUCCCUCAUGCUUCGAGCAACCCAGCACAGGGUCCCCUUGAUCAAAUUCCUUGGGAAGCGGACACCACCAAAAUCAGUAGACCACACUCCCCACGCCCAUCCAGCUUCGCCAACCCAUUCUCUACCCGAUAGUUUCGUUCAGUAUCGAUCCAAAGCUCAACAACACGGUCCUCUGCGUAGAGAUAACGGUAAUGCGCCCAUUUCCUCGACUUCUUUUGCUGCUGCAUCCUCGAGCUCAAUGACAUACGGUGCUAUAGGUGGGGCGCCGGGCGGAUCACUGGGCUCUGUCCAGCCCAAAGAUGGAGAAUACUUUGACAGAAAUGACCUGCCCAAGAGAUUCUGGCGAACCCAAUGGUCAGAAGAGGAGAUUGAGGCAGUGAGCAGCGGCGGAGCAAGCAUGUUUGCUUGAAAUUUAUGAGACAGAAUUGAACCCCGACAAGACCUUGAAUCGGCACUCUCAGGUCGAUAUCAGGAGAUCGUUUGGUCGCCAGGAAUGAGCGUGACUGAAAUGAUUUCACAGGACUACCGAAUCGUCGCCCUAGCUCGACCGGCUGACACUUCAAAGGCUGUCUUGCAGACUCUCACCAGCUCAUUGCUUCUGCCCAGUGCUGUGGCUGGCCGGUGUCGUCGUAGCAGGGACGGGAAGACCUCUUGACAAAGUUCUGACAUCACCGGCGUCGCAGCAACAGUGGGAGGCCCUUUUCAAUCAGACUGUACAUACAAGCGAGUGGGUUGGAGAGAUGAGUGUUAAACCCGUUGGACUAUUCCCUCUCCUCGCCCACCUUCCCUUCGCCUUCUUUGAACAUUGGCCUAGAAAUCUACACUCAUACAAAUCAUGCAAGCGCCGUGUGAUCAGUAUGUUACAUAUAGCAAGACCAGUAUUUACACCUCAAACCUAGCAUGC